AUGGAUUUCGAAGUCGAUCCUCUUAUUGUACAAAUUGCUCGUAAAGAAAAAAAAGAAACAUUUGGUUUGAUAAUUUGUGCAUUAUUUCAUCAACCAAAACCAAUUCAAUUUGCUCACUUUUAUCAUCAAUUAAUUGAACAAUUAGAAGCGAAUUUUAAUGAAGACGAAAAACAAUCGAUUUAUAUUUAUCCAAUAGCUCAUUUACAUAUUACAAUUUCAACAUUAUAUAAUUUUAAAGAUGAAUAUCCUCAAUCUCCUGAAAAAUGUUUGAAGUAUUGGAAAGAAUGUUUUAUAAAAUUAAAACAAACUACAAAAAAAAAAUCAAUUAUACUUACACUUGAUUCAAUUCAUCUUUCCAAAGAUGCUGGUUAUUUUCAAUAUAAGGAUGAAAAUAAUGGUAUGGAAUAUCUUCGUCAAUUAAUUCAUAAUAUUUGUAUACCAGAAGAUGGAAAACCACCUUUAAAAAUCCCAAAUAUUGUUCAUACAUCAUUUCUUCGUUUUAUAAAAAAACCGAAUGAUCCAAUAAAAUUUGAAGAAAAAUUUCAUCGUAUUUGUCAUGAACUGUUAAAAAAAACAAAUGAAAUUCGUUUUGAUAUUGAUGAAAUUUGUUUAGCAUUUGAAGCUCGCCCUUAUAUGCAUAUUGAUUGUGAUGAAUUUCAUAUACUUGAUACAAUGAAAUGUUAA